AUGGAAGCACAACCGCCAUCAGCACCGGCUGCAUCAGCUGCAUCAGCUGCAACAGCUGUAACAGCUGCAGCGCCUCCCGCGUCUAGUUCAUCGCCCGUACAGGUGCAAGCUCCGUCGCCAGGUAACCAGCCAGUUGUUAACCCUCCGCCAAACCCUGCAACGCACUACCCGAACGGUCUCCCUCGUAGUAUUAAUGGACUUAACGGGGAUGCGGCCAACGGUUCGGAACCUACGCCUCCGGCAAGAGGGUCAUCCGAUUCGACAACACCCGUUCAACCGGCAGCGCCGUCCCCGACAGCAACUGCAACACCGGUAUUGGCAGCCCGGGCAGUGGCGGCGGUAGCGGCAAGUACGUCGGCACCACCUCCGGCUCCUGCUCCUACUCGUACCCCUACACUCCCAACUAUAGCAGCAAAACCACUCAAACCAAUGGUAAUAUAUACACCUUCGCAGCCGCAUCCUCAUUCUCAACCGCGUCAACCUUUGCAGCGCCAGCCUUCCACAGGAUCCACACAUAAGAUUUCUAUCGUAGAUCCUCCUCGAGCCUAUUCGCGACCGAGAAGCAACAACCCGCAGCUACCAAACGUCUCUCCUACUCAGGGCUUCCCGUCUCCCCGAAGAGAACACCAUCUCGAGAAUCCAAAGUUUACCGAUGACUUAUCUCGUCUCACUCAUGCUAUGCAGCAAUCUGUUCCUGCUGCUGUGAGAAGGGUCAUUCGCGAUAACUGGGAGAAGUGCCUACUUGGUUCAGAAUUCCACCACGCGUUCCUUCUGAACGCUGUUAUUCAUCACUCCAACGGGGUUAUAAUUCGACGGUCUAUUAAGGAUUUUGGUGCCAAGAUGGUGUCCGAAUCAAAGCACGAGAUUGUCUCUCACCUCUCAACUGCUGACCUGAAUGAACUGGCCAAUGACAUACUCGAAAAGGCCAGCGACUACUUCUUAGAUCAGGCGCUGGAGAAACGACUGAGGAGUAUUGACGCACGUUCUCUCAUCAACGCCCUUGCUCGCGCUGAGCGUCUUGGUUAUGAGAAUAGCGAUAUACUCGAUGACCGGAAAGGAAACAGGUCUAGAUUCAAUCCAGCACCCUUCGAUCCGUCACCCAACCCCAUCCAAAUUACGCCUAUCUCUAAAUCACACCAUAAGCCUGGCUUGCCGACCCAGCCGCAAGUACUGGCACGUGCUCCUCCGACUCCUGUUCCCACCGUGUUGCAGUGUCCUCUGUGCUGGCGCAAGUUUGAUAAUCCACAGCCUUACGAAUAUCAUGUUCAAAAGCAAGUAUGCACUAAAGAACCUCCCAAUAAGGAAGGAUUCCCCUUUUCAUGCGUAUAUUGUGGUGCCGGCUUCAUUACCAAAGUUGGUCAGCAAUAUCAUCUUGCUAAUCAUGUAUGCGGUGACCAUGGUACUAUGCCAGCAACGCCUAAAAGACCGGCGAACGCUGGAUCGCCUAUCACGCUCUCGUCAGGCAACAACAGCCCAGUUCAGCCUCCAUCUACUCUAACGUUCCCCCCAGGAAGCCAGCAAAGGUUCCGUGCCACACUUAAGCCUACUGCAACCCCUAUAACUGCAACACCUAUAACUGCAACACCUGUACAUCAUCGGCCAGUAUCGACUCCUAGAUCUCUGCCCAAGGAGCAGGAUCCGUAUGCCCAUCUGCAUCCUGCUACACGGGAAAGACUAGAGGAAGAACUGCAGCAAGCUGAAGCCACGUAUACCGCUCGCAUCAAAGAAGCAGAGGCGAUACAAGAUCCAGCUCAACGACAGCUCAAGAUCGAUGGUCUGCAGAAUAGCUUCAGCACUAAACAGAGUAUCAUUAGGAAGAAGUACGGCGUCCGGCUUAGAAACCGGCGGACAAAGGCCGAGAUUGAUGACGAGCGUCAACGUAUGGGCUUCAAGCAUAGCAGUCCCGGCCAGGCAGAGGAUACACCAAGCGCGAAGCGUCAACGAACUGACGAUGGCCCUUCUUAUCCAAAUCCCCAGGCUCCUCCAAGUAGCAAUGGUCCCGAACCUAAGAGUUAUCAUAUACCCGUAGCGGAUAUGUCAGCUGGGUUAGGCGGUUCGAGCGCAACAGCAACCACCACCGACCCUACACUACCGAAACCUUCUUCAGAGCAGCAGCAGCAGCAGCAGCAGCAGCAGUCGCCUACACAGACCAGCCUUUCAUCAUUACAACGCAAAGGUUACCGGGUCUCGUCUCACCUCUCACAACCAAACCAAGUUUCCCCAAUAGAUACCACGAUGGAAGGAUCUACUACUCAACGAAGCGGCUCAGCGUCAGCCCCCGUAGUAGUAGACGAGGACGACUCUUCAGACACCGACUCAGACGGAGAUAUACCCGCGAGUCUACCACCCCGCAGAGCCAGCAAUACGCCUACAAGUUCGAAGGGUCUAGCAGGAUAA